CUCCGUUCUCUCGCUCUCUCACGACUUACAGGCCUCUCUCAACACAAGUCGGCUCCAUUUCUCCCUCUCCCGCUUCGAUCCCCAUUUCCAUGUCAUUCGUCGUUUCAGCUCCCUCCCCCCGCGGCUAACUCGGCCGAUUCUAGGGUUUCUUCUUGGUAUCCCUCUCUCUCUCUCUCUCUCUCUUCCUUUCGCGCGCGUUCUCCUAGGGUUUUCUCUGCUUCAUCGUCGCCGUGGAGGAGGGGGUUUGGGGAUUGGAGUAUUUGCCGGGGGCUUCCUAGAUUGAAAAAUGGAGGCCGCCGCUGGUGUCGCCGCCUCUCGCGGGGGCUCUCUGCCGAUGAGUUCGUCGUCGAGGAAGGAGUGGCGUGCGGUGUCGGACCAUCAUUCUGCUCGAAACCCCAGCGACGAGGUGCAGCAUGGGAGAGGGCCAGUUGGUGUGGAUUUCUGCUCUAUUAAUGUCGAUGGGAGUUUGGACAAUGACAUUUUACUUCAGCGGGUUCAUUCCUUUGCUACACAAAGGGAAGAAUUGCAACAAAUGGAAAUUGAGUUAAGAGCACAGAUGAUUGCUAGAUCGGAGAUAUUGGAGAUACAAAAUAGCUUUGAUGCUCAAAUCAAAGAACGUGAAGAUUCUGCUGCGAAGCUUCAGGAAAAACUCCGUGAGAGAGAGCAGGCAAUUCAUGACCUUGAAAGAAGAAUUGAAGAGACAGACAGGGAGCUACAUGCUGUGAAAUUGGAUAAUGAAGCGGCAUGGGCUAAAGAGGACCUUCUCCGAGAGCAAAACAAAGAGCUUGCUACUUUUAGAAGGGAGCGUGAUCACACUGAGGCUGAACGUGCACAGCACAUGCAGCAAAUACAUGAGUUUCAAGAACACAUCCAGGAUAAAGAGAGGCAGAUUCUUGAGUUGCAAGAACAGCAUAGGGUUGAUCAGGAGACUAUCUACUUGAAGGACGAACAACUGAAAGUUUGGAUUGCACGUGUUCAGGAGAUGGAUGCCUUGCAAUCUAAUUUACAGGCUGAACUGCGUGAACGGAUUGAUCAAUAUAAUCAGCUGUGGCUUGGAUGUCAAAGACAGUUUGUAGAAAUGGAGAGACUUCAUGUACAUACCAUACAACAGCUGCAGAUGGAGCUGGCUGAUAGGACUGGAUCCUAUCUUGAUGAGUCUCGGUUUUCUCAGACAAACUCAAAAGACUCGACUAAGUUUGGUCAGACUUCUGGAAACCAACUAGAUGUAAAUGGAAGUGGCACAUCAAAUGCUAAUAAUGGGGUACAUUUGAAUGGGAGUGCUGAUAGUGUCUCAUCAUUUGCUUCCUCUGGAAAUGCUGCAAAUCAGACCAACCAUGUUGCUGGCAUGCCGUUAUCUCCAUCAUCUUUAAUGGGAAUGCCGACCUACAUUCCACCUGGACAGAUGACAGCGCUACAUCCCUUCAUUCUGCAUCAACAGGGGAUUCCUCAUUCAAUGCCAUCACAUGUUCAUCCGUCUCAAGUGGGACAUUUUCACUCAGUACCAGCAAUGUCAUCCCUCCCACAGUGGCAGACGCAGCAGGCUGCCUCCGAAGCAUCACAAGUGUCUACACAGAAUCAACUCACACCAUCUCAAAGUGAGCAGAACCUUGAUAGACCUGAAACAAAAUAUUAUGAUAUGUCUGUUAAUGGACAAGGUUAUCGGUCAGAUUAUCUAGAUGUUCAUAGAAAUCAAGCGGCUCAGGCUGAUUCCGUGAUCUCAUCAUCCAUUGUUGACCAACAGGUUCUUGAGUCUAUUGAUAGAAGUUAUGUGGUUGCGAAUCAGCCGGAUCAAAACCUACAACAUAUUUCUGCUCAAUUUAGUGAAGCAUUACAGUUAAACUCUCUUGAGCAGAAAGUUGAAAUGCAGGAACAAAAUCUCAUUAGCUUGACCAAUGAUGGAUUAGAGAGGCCGAUUGUGUCUGAAGAACAAGAGAGUUCUGUUGUUGAUGUCUCACUUCCUGAAGCCUCGGUUCAAUCGGCUAGGCUCACUGAAGCAGUCAUCAAUAAUGGGGCUGGUACAACUGUCCCUGAAGCUUUUAUCUCAACCGGUCAGGCCAAUAUUGCGACUGCCGCAAAGGCGUUGGAGCCUGCCCUUAUUGACGAAAGAUCUUUAUUGGCAUGCAUAGUUCGCACAAUUCCUGCUGGUGGUAGAAUUCGCAUAAACUCAACGCUACCAAAUAGGUUAGGAAAGAUGCUUGCACCUCUACAUUGGCACGACUACAAGAAAAAGUAUGGGAAGCUAGAUGACUUUGUGGCUGGUCAUCCAGAGCUGUUCUUGAUCGAGGGAGACUACAUUCAGCUAAGAGAAGGGGCACAAGAGAUGAUAGCUGCUACAGCUGCAGUUGCUAAAGUAGCUGCUGCCGCUGCAUCCUCCACUCCUUACUCAUCUUUCUUGCCUACCAUGUCCCUAACCCCAAUGGCACAGUCUCACCGGGCCAAAAAGUUACCUUCUACAGACUCCAACCACCUAAAUGGUGUUAGUUUUGGUGUCCCUGGUGGCAUGUCAAACGUGAAGAUACUAAGCAAAUCGAAGGAUAAUAAUCGGGAUACGAAUGUGGGAGCUAAUGUGGGCGGAAGUGGUCAGAGCAAGGUUUCAACUCAUGUUAAGCCUAAUUCCAGUUUUGUGGGGAAUCAGCAGGGAAGGGUCGCUGGAAAUGUGCCAACUUCUAGAAGAUAGUAAGCAUCGAGACCGAGAACGACCGAGAAUGUUAGGGAAAACAGUUUGAAUGUAUUGAAUGAUGAUAGUAAUUCUAUGGUCUUCUAGGAGGUAAUGCCAAACUGGAUGCGUCCUUGUGGCUGGUACUAGGCAUAUCAGAUGGCCGGUGGAGGUUUUGUUGAGUGGAAGAAAUAUUUUGGGAAUGCUUACUGCUGCGGAAGUAUGAACGAUUAACUUAUUGGAUGUUGAGGAAAAACAUGGUCUUUUAGGAAAUUUGUUUCUUUGCUGUCUUCAGUAUGGUCACUAUAUACCGAUUCGUGUCGUGUUAUCUAAUUUCGUUAUUUUUCAGUGCGUUUACAAUACCGAAAAGGAAAUUGUAUCUCGUGCGCCAUGGCCAUGAUGUUAAGGUACAAUGGCUGUUGAUUACGUUGGGUUGUUGAUUUGCAUAAGGUUGAAUCUUCCAAGCACCGUUGCGUCAUUGAGGGGCCUUUGAUCACUGAAUGUUGC